GCAAAAAAUCACUAAUGUGAUGUUUUGUUUUGGGUUCAACUGAUUGUACUUGUUAUUCAUUUGCUUCAUAAAUAUGUUAUGAUUCAACACUAGUCUUCCUUCAACUUAUAUGCCUUUUAAGUUUCGUUGACAGCUCUAAUCAAUAUCAAUUAUAACAGAUUAAAAACAAUGGUUUAUUGUUGUUUUUUAUCAUUAUAAGUGACUUGUUUCUUUUGUCUCUGGCUUUUACCUUUUCCUAUUGCUGUGGAAAUCCAAAUGUUAACUUCUGUCUUCUCUAUUAAUGAAUUUUUGAUUGGAUACAUUUUGUCUCCAUCAUGUUUUCAGCAUUAAAGCGCUUAGUUGGCAACCAAAAUGAUAAUAAAACUGGACCAGAUGAUGUUUUCAAUCAAAACAAUUGUCCCAGACGUAACAGUGUCCAGCCUAUGGGACAUCAUUUACAACGCAAAUUUGCUAAAGGGGUCCAAUAUAACAUGAAAAUAAUUAUCAAAGGUGAUCGAAACGUUGGUAAAACUUGCCUUUUUAUGAGAUUACAAGGACAAAAAUUUAUUGAAGAAUAUACACCGACUGAAGAAAUCCAGGUUGCAAGUAUCCAUUGGAAUUACAAAGCUACAGAUGAUGUUGUCAAAGUAGAGGUUUGGGAUAUUGUUGACAAAGGCAAGAAGCGACCACAAAUCGAUGGACUCAAAUUAAACAAUGAUAAACCCACUUUGCCUCCGAAAGAGUCGGAAACUGCUGCCGAACUUGCACUGGAUGCUGAAUUUAUAGAUGUUUACAAGGGAACAAAUGGUGUAAUUAUGAUGCUCGAUAUGACCAAAGCAUGGACACUCGAUUAUGUGCAAAGAGAAUUACCUAAAGUACCAAGCAAUAUUCCAGUUUUGGUACUUUCUAAUCAUCGAGAUAUGGGACACCAUCGUGCAGUUAGUGAAGAUCAAGUUCGUAUGUUUAUCGAUGGAUUACAAAGAACUGAAGGCUCUGGUCAAGUUCGUUACGCUGAAGCUUCCAUGAGAAAUGGUUUUGGAUUGAAAUUUUUGCACAAAUUUUUUAAUUUACCUUUUCUUCACUUACAACGUGAAACUCUAUUGAAACAACUCGAGACUAACUCACUUGAAAUAAAUGCUACUUGCCAAGAACUGGACAUUUUACAAGAAGCUGAUGAACAAGAUUAUGAUAAAUUUUUGGAUAUGUUAACAAACAAGAGAAGACAAAUAGCUGACCAACUUUCUCAAACUCCUGUUAUUAAUGGCGACCAUACCGGCGGUCCGCCUCGAAGUAUUUCAAUGCCUGCAGAUCUGACUUUAAGAAAAUCCUCUCAAAAUCCAAACGAUUUAAUAAUGAAACCGUCGCCUAGUAUUAUUAUAGGAGCAACUAAACCCAUUAACUUGAAAGAUGGUAAAAUAAUGCCAACAAAAAACGGUGGAAAUCCCAGCAGUUCAAAAACAAACAUAAACGAAACAGGUGCAUCAAAACAAAAUGAUAAUGAUUUAAUUAGCGAUGAAGAUAGGUUAUAUUUGAAAUCUUUUCUCGAAGAACAACCUCAAGAAUCUAAACUCGAAGAUGGUCUCGCUUUGCUCCCAGAAGAAGAUGAAAGUGAUGAUGAUAAAACAACUAAUCCAAUGGUUUCAGGAUAUCAAGCUGAAAUAGAUCCAGAAGACAAAUGUCCAGAAUCGGAAAAUGUGAUUUUAACUGAACAGAUUGCCGAGAAACCGGUUAAAUCAUCUUUACAGAUGGAACAAGAAGAUAAAGAAAAGAUUCCAGAUAAAAUUGAAAAACCUAAAGAAUCGAAAGAAAAUGUUCGAAAGAUUCUUUUCGUCGAGGAAAAAACAAUAAAUGAAACUGUGAAAUCUGUAGCAGGAACUUCUCAGUCAGAGAACCGAGAAGCCAAAUCUACAAAAGCUGGACAAAAAGGAAAAAAGUCUAAAGAAAAAGUCAAGAAUGCAUCUAAAAAUCAACAAAAAAAGGUUAAAAGCAAGGCAAAGAUUACGAACGAUGAAUAUGAUGAUAAUCGCCGAUUAGAAGAGUUUCUUGGACCAGGUUGUGAUAUAAUCAACAGUAAUCGAGCUGUGAAUGAAUAUGAAACUUUAUAACUCGGAUGGGUAAACAAAACAUUGCGAAUUCUUCCAAUAAAUUAGCGUUUAUUAAUCUCGCUUUAAUUGAGUUGCGUCUCUCGAAACAAAUGUCUAAAAUGAAUUUAAUUGGUAUGUGAUAAACAGCCAUAAAUUAUCACCAUUUUAUGUUCUCAUCGCCAUCGUCAUUUCAUCAUCAUUAACUACAGUGAUCUCUACUCAUUCAAACAGGAUUUUCAGAUUAUUCAUCUUUUCCCGAAGUAAAUGAAUGAAAAUUGUGCUCUUAAUUGUUUAUCCCUUGAAACUCAUUUCCAAAUCAUUUCAAUAUCUUUUGCUUUAAUUCAAAAUGAUAUUUAAAUUUUUUAAUUUCUCAACCCGUUGCAAUAUUUUGAUUUAGUCCUAAUCCCAUUGAUUUCUCAAUGUAAAGAAUGAAACUGCAAAAACCAUGAUCUGAUUGUCAGAAAACAAUUUUUUCUAUUCUAUUUAAUCAAACUGAAAUUUAUCAUUUUAAUAAGCAUUGAAUUUUUGUCUAAUUUUAAUGUAUUAAAUUUGUUUUACUCUGCAACAAUUUACAAAUGGAGAAUUGUUACAAAGUAAAAGAUGACCUUCAAAAA